AAAUUGACACAAUUGUGACAUAAACAAAUGGUGUACGAAGAAUUUCAAUUUGGCUGAUGGAUAAAGUUGGAUUCAGCCACAAAAACAAGCAAAAAAUCAUUCAAAAUUGAAGUGACUGCUGUGAACGUAAAAUGAAAUUGAUGCAACAAUCGAUCAACAUUAGAUUUUACCGAAGUUUCGCCACUGCCAUAGCCAAACCAAAAAAAUCCAAAUGGAACUCAGUUGUUGGCCUCGAAGUUCAUGCUCAGAUCUCUUCAAAAACAAAACUAUUUUCUGGUGCUGGAGUUGAAUUUGGAGCUCCGCCCAAUACACGCGUAUCGGCAUUUGAUGCAGCCAUACCGGGAACACUACCGGUUCUCAACGAAAGAUGUGUGGUUGCCGGAAUUCAAGCAGCGCUAGCGCUCGACUGCACAAUCAACCCCGUUUCAAUGUUUGAUCGAAAGCAUUAUUUUUAUGCUGAUCUACCGGCCGGCUAUCAAAUCACUCAGCAACGUGCACCACUGGCCAAAAAUGGAAUGCUCAAAUUUUGCGUUUCAGUGCCAGGGGUUUCGAUGAAAUCUUAUCAGAAAGUGUCAAGACUGCAUCAGCUUCAGCUCGAACAAGACAGUGGUAAAUCACUUCAUGAUGCAUAUGAAAACAGAACUCUAAUCGACUUGAAUCGGGCGGGUGUUGGUCUCAUUGAAUUUGUAUUUGAACCCGAUUUAAACAACGGUGAAGAGGCUGCAUCGUUGAUAAAGGAACUCGUUCUAAUUCUCCGAGCUACUGGUGUCUGCUCUUGUCAUAUGAAUGAAGGAGCUCUACGUGUCGACGCUAAUAUUUCAAUUAAUCGACAUGGCGAUCCGCUGGGCGUCAGAACCGAAGUGAAAAACAUUGGAUCAGUUCGUGGUGUUGCACAUGCAGUCGACUAUGAAAUUCAACGACAAAUUGACUUGGUUGAAAGCGGUGGCAGAGUGCAUAAUGAGACAAGAUCGUGGGAUGCUUUGUCGAAGAAAACGGUAGUCAUGAGGGACAAGGAAGUCUUACAGGACUAUCGUUUUAUGCCUGAACCAAAUCUACCACCACUUCGCUUGAAUAUCACCGACGAUCAAACAUCGGAACUAAUUUCUGUUGAAAGGAUUCGGAAAUCGUUGCCUGAACUUCCAGCGCAGACCAGAAACAAUUUAAUUGAACAUCACGAACUCAGACAGGAGUCUGCCGACGUUUUAAUUAACGAGAGCAGUUUAAUGCGUUACUACACCGAAAUACUGAAGACUCAGCCAGCAGUUCCACCGAAAAAUGUUGCAAAUUUUCUAAUCAAUGACUUCGUCGGACACUGCAACAAAAAAAAGAUUUCCGUAGACGACUGUCAAAUUUCAGAUGAGAAUUUAGCGGAACUCAUAGCAAUGAUGCAUAACGGAACCAUAAAUAUAGCUCUGUCCAGGAUUAUACUGCAAGAGAUGCUGGAAAAUCCGAAUCAAAGACCAAGCGAGAUUGCGACUGCCAAAAAUCUGAAACAGAUCACAGAUCCAGCAGAAAUCGAAAAAAUUUGUCUGGACAUUAUUGGCAAAAAUCAGGACAAGGUGCAAAAAUACAAACAGGGAAAGAAAAGGAGUUUGGGUUUCUUGAUUGGUGAAGUGGGUAAAGAAACUGAACAGAAAGCGAAUAUGGUGUUGGUUGAUAAAAUAAUGAAGGAAUUGCUGGAUAAAUGACAUUUUACGUGAUAGUGUAAUCAUUCAGAGUGGUAGUGCAUUAAAGACGAAGAAGAAAUCUGUUAACGUCGA